CCGCUCUCCAGCGUCGCGUAUCACAUUUGCGCCAAGAACAACCUCCCUCGCAUAAUCCCGCGCAACUCCAAAACCCCCAGCGCCAACGUCCAACGACCAACUCCUCCCAACUCCUCCCUACCUACUCAUACUACAACACCCUACUUACAGCCAUGGGCAAUAUCUGCGGCAAGACCGAAUCUGAACCGUCUCAGCCCGGCCGCCCCCUCGGCUCGGCUCCGCCUCCGGGCCCGAAAACAUCACGCGUUCCCCAGAAAGUCGGCGGUCCUCCACGAACACUGGGCGGUGCUGCUGGCAGUGGCGGCAGCGACGCUGGGGGUGCCAACUCGGGCGAUCCGAGCGAUGCGCGAAGAAAAGCUGCCGAGGCGGCCGAAGCCCGUGCAAAAGCCUCAUCAAAAGGCGGCAAACUCCAGUCGCAGCUCAACGCGCAGAAGAAGCAGAAUCGAUCGAGUACCUUGGCGGAAGCGAGCAACCAGGAACUUCGUGCUCGAGACGCAGACGAGGCCGCCCAGGCGCGAAAUUGGGAGUAGCCAGCUCACACUCGUACCUACAUCCUACGCAUUACACAUACGCUGGUCUUAUGUUGGCCCUAUUCUUUGAAAGAUACCUUGCGCAAUAUCAUGUGAGCGGAGCGGAGUAUUGGAUGCGGGACAUCAAGAGAGGGAUACUGCCCUGGUGGAGGCGCGCGAAGACCGGAAUCCCGCUGUCAAUUCUUAUUCUUCCUUUAUUUGACCUGGAGUUUGCUCUUUCAGUAGUUGUCGCUCUUUCACUUCUUUGUUUUUAUACUGUACUGUUACUGUAA